UAAAUCAGUUUAUACAAGAAAAUAAUAUUAUUUAUUUCACAAGUUUCACAAAGCUUUUUUAUAUUUAUUUUUAUAGGAAAGCAUAAAUUUAUAGAACAUUGAACAAAAUUACAGUAUAAUUAUUUUUCAUACAAUAAACUUGAAUUGAGAACAUUACAAAAUCUAUGAAAACCUAUGUUUAUUAAAGGUUAUUACUGAUCAGCAAAAUGGUCAUAUUGAAAUAACAAUUAUCUGUCAAAUAAAUUUUAUAUAAUAUAUUAUAUUGUAAAUUUUAAAAGUGUACAUAAAACAUUACUAUCCAAUCAAACUAUGGCUGAUCGUUUGACACAGUUACAAGACACAGUAAAUCAGCAAGCUGAACACUUUUGUAAUAGUAUAGGAAUUCUUCAACAAUAUUCAACUCCAAGCAAGUUUCCAGGGUUUGAUCGAGUUGGAACUCCUCAACCUCAUCAGACUCAAGAAGAUUAUGCUGCAUUAUUUGCUACACUUAUUGCACGCUGUGCGAAGGACAUAGAUACGUUGAUAGAAAGCCUUCCAAGUGAAGAUUCAUCACAAGAACUUCAGGUAGCAAGUCUUAGUCGUUUAGAACAAGAAAAUUUAGAAGCUGGUGAGCAAUUAGAGGAAAUUGUUCGUCAGGGUGAGGAUUUACUUCAAAGGAUUCAAGCUGCUCUACAAGAUAUAGCUCAGAGUCAACUCGACAUGCAAAAUCCUAUCACACCUAGUACAGUAUUAUCUAUGAAUCUCAAUCCACCACAAACAUUAAAGCAGGAAAAUUACAAUAAUGUUGGUUCUGUAUCUACAAGCAGCAAUUCACACUCUACUCCGGAUCCUUCAUCGAAUGUAAUUAAUUAAUACACUAGUUGGAUUUAUGUACAUAAUAUUCAUUUGAAUUAAAACUUUUUUGACAAGA